AUGAUCCGUGACAUUUCCCCGGGGAAUUCCCUCGCGACGGGAUGUGAAUCCCAAUCCCAGAGGAAAGGAAGGAAUCCUCGUCGGGCGUUCUUCGAUGCCCCGUUCCCCUCGUUCCACCGGGAAAGGUACUCCGCGUUAACACCGACUCGAUACCGAGAGUCCAACGACGUCAUCUCGGCCGGUCUCGUGGAAAUCGACCCGGAACGCCUCCGUGUCGUUCGAUCCCCGCCUUGCCUGCUUUCGGUGGCGAACGAUACGGACCAGGCAGAUUCAUUUCGUUUCGAGAGCACUUGCAUCGGCUGCGAGAGGAAACCGAGGAGGGAAUGCCCCGAGCUGCCGACUCUCAUCGACGCGGAAUUCUCUCGCCAGCUCUGGGUGUUUCCGCUGAAGGAAUGCCUCUGCGAGGUGAAGUCCGAGGUCCGACCCCAGAUUCGGGAAGAACUCGUCGAGAAUGCCACCGGAAUCGAGCCGGAGUUGGCUCGAGGGCCGCCGGUGGUCAAGGAGAAAUACUCCGUCGCCCCUUCUUCGUACUGGAGCGUGGUGUUCCAUAGCCGCGAGGAUCGGCAGCUCUGCCCCUGCACGCCCAGUAGGUCGUCCUCGAACGUCUUUUCUCGGGUCGGAUCGAAACGGAUCGCAACGGAUCGUAACGGAUCGCUUCGUGUCGUUCCGGCAGAGAAGGUGGUGUCGUGCGUUUUCACGGUGAUCGGGGUGGAUUGGACCGACAUGAUGGCUUCGCCGUUUUCCGGACUCUUCAGGCUCUUCCACGGAAGACUCACCCGUGCCGUGGAAUACACCAUGCUGGAGAGCGAGCUGAACGACAAGUACGUUUUGAGCCACAUGAGCCGAUUGGAAGUGGGGAUCAACGCCACGGUGGACAUCUUGUUGAGCACCGAAAAUCUCGAUGACCUCAACAUCGCUCGGGUCAUUUUGGCACGGUUCUGGAAGCAGGCCAAUUAUCUGGGAAGCCUCUCGGCCACCCUGAGAGGGUGCACCGAUAAGGGUGGCAAAGAGGGAUCUGCUGCUCUCGGAGAGAAGAUCCACGAGUUGAUCAGGAUGCCAGGGGAAGGAGAGUUCGAGGACGACUCGGGUCUCGGUUGGCAUUGGGGCCUCAAUUACUUCAUCACCGUCACCAUCCCCUGCCUCGCCGGGUUCACCUGCUGCUGCUGGUGCUGCUGCUGCGCCUUGUGUCACCGUCGCUCCUACGCCUACCGGGAAAUCCGCUUCUUCAACUACGUCGUCGUGAGUUACCCUCCCGGAUGGGAGAUCAUCAUGCCCCGGUCCAUGCUGGAGAAGGACGAAUGAGGCCACCCGCCGAAAGAGGACACUUUCGGGGACGUUUUCCCCUCGCACCAGACCCGAAAAGUCGGUCACGACGCCGAGAUCGAAACGCACGCUUCUUCGCACUUGCCUUCAUCCCCAGCCGGGUUUCGACAUCGUCGCACUCAGUUCCGAGCAGAUAAAUGGCAC